AUGAUGUGGUGCAUUCGAUAUCUUCUAGGUGUCCUGAUGCUGGCUUGUUUACAAGCAUCCUCUGCAAUAGCGAUCAAAUACCCAGGAGCCUUUGCUUCAUCAUUUAUUUCGUCUCGCCUAUCCAGAACCACUGGUCGGCGAUACCACCUUCCAAUGAUCCGAGGUGGUGGCAGUGAUUUUAGUGAAGAAGUCGCUCCUGCCAAACUCAGCUACAAUGCUUCCGCCGUCGAUGCUGGUAGCCUCCAGAUAUCCGAUUUGAUGGAACAAUUGGAAACCAAUGCUGAAUCGGGUUUAAGCCAAGAACAAGUGGUGGACCGUUUGGAAUUAUAUGGCCAAAACAAAUUGGACAGUGCGGCAAAACCUAGCAUUUGGAAACUCAUUGCCGAACAAUUUGAUGAUCGGUUGGUUCAAAUAUUGGUGGUCGUUGCCAUUAUCAGUGGUAUCUUUUCAUUUCUAGAGCAUUCCGAAGGGGAAAGCUUGUUGCAGAGCUUUGUGGAACCCAUUGUCAUUGUCGCUAUAUUGGUGUGCAAUGCGGCUGUGGGUGUCUGGCAAUCUCAAUCCGCCAGCGAUUCCUUGGAUGCCUUGCAAGAAAUGCAACCGGCAAGGGCGACUGUCAUUCGCAAUGGCGAAGUUAUUGGGGAACUUCCAGCAAGCGAGUUGGUGCCGGGAGAUAUUUUGCAGUUGCGGGUCGGAGAUAAGAUUCCGGCCGACGCUCGUGUUUUGGAGUUGCAAUCCAGUACACUGCAAGUAGAUGAGACGAGUCUGACGGGAGAAUCUGUAACAGUCUCGAAACUAUCGGGAGCAGAAGGCCAAAACGACCCCGGGGCUCCGAUUCAAUCGCAAUUGGGAAUGGUAUUUUCGGGUACCAUGAUUACUUCAGGAAAUGCCUUGGCAGUCGUUGCACAAACAGGAAUGACGACACAAUUCGGCAAGAUUCAACAGGGAGUCACCAUGGCCAAAGAAUCUCAACAAAAGACUCCCCUCGCCCAAAAGUUGGAUGACUUUGGUCAACAAUUGACACUGAUUAUUGGAGGAAUCUGCAUUGCUGUUUGGCUCGUUUCCAUUCCCAAAAUGAACGAUUCGUCCUUUGCCAACUUUUGGGAAGGUGCCAUUUAUUAUGCCAAGGUCUCAGUGGCCCUGGGCGUGGCGGCCAUUCCAGAAGGUUUGCCAGCGGUGAUUACAUUGUGUUUGAGUUUGGGAACUAGACGGAUGGCUCAACGCAACGUCAUUGUUCGCAAACUGCCUUCGGUGGAAACUUUGGGUUGUACCUCAGUAAUCUGUACAGACAAGACGGGAACCUUGACGACCAAUGAAAUGACUGCCGUGUCAUUGCUAAUGCUUGAGGGCAAGGGACAAUUGGUGGAACAUGUGAUUGACGGCACCUCGUACAGCCCCAUUGGCAGUGUUGAUGGAAUUGAUCAAGACGAGAUUGACAAAAAGGGAGCCGUGGCAGAUAUUGCAGCCGUAGCUGCCUUGUGCAACGAUGCUACCAUUCUUGGCAAUGAUGAUGCUUGGGGAGAACAAUCGCACGACGAAGACGUCGUUGACGAGCAUGGCAACACGGUUCAAAAAUUGCAUCAUGGUGGAAGUAACAAGAAGAAGAAUAGCCUCUCGAAUAUUGGAAAGAAGAUUUAUGACCGUACUGGCGAGCCGACGGAAGCAGCCUUGUGUGUCUUGUGCGAGAAACUUGGGGGAAUGCAAGAGUACACUCAUGGGCAGCAUAUUGCACAAAACGGUUCUUACCAUUUGCAUGUACCCCCGAGUGUCUUGGCAUCGGCUAAUGUCGACAUGUGGCGGGCCACACAUCCUCGAAUGGCAACCUUGGAAUUUCAUAGGGAGCGAAAAAGCAUGAGUGUGGUGUCGUCUUUUGGAGAUAAGAAGAAUCGUCUCUUGGUCAAGGGGGCUCCCAAUCUCCUUUUGGAACGCUGUACUCGCAUCAAGGAUCGCGAUGGCAAGGUGACCAAGUUGACUGGAGCGAUGCGCUGGGAAAUCCAAGCAAAGAUUACCGAAUUGGCACAGCGACCAUUGCGAUGCCUGGCACUUGCGGUGAAGGAUGGCAAGGAUUUGGAGAAGUCACUGGCUCGGUUUGAUGGAAAAGAUUCCUCGAAACAUCCAUUGCUGAAGGAUCCGUCCAAGUACAAGGAUAUCGAAAGUGGGCUGACGCUGGUUGGUAUUGUGGGUAUCAAGGAUCCGGCGCGUCCAGAAGUUGCGGAUAGCAUUCUAAAGUGUUCCAAAGCUGGUAUUCGAGUCAUGAUGAUUACUGGAGAUGCUCGAGACACUGCAAUUGCGAUUGCCAAAGAUGUCAACAUAUUCGACAGCGAAGCGCCCAAUGAUUCACUCAAAGCAUUCGAAGGCCGAGAGUUCUUCUCGAAACCAGAGGAGGAACAAUUAGAAAUUCUGAAGAAAGAUAAUAUCGUUUUCUGCCGAGCCGAACCAGCGGACAAACAACGAUUGGUCAAGAUGCUGCAAAGUCUGAACGAAAUUCCAGCAAUGACGGGAGAUGGGGUCAACGAUGCCCCUGCACUGCAACAGGCUGCAAUUGGAAUUGCCAUGGGUACAGGAACGGAAGUGUCCAAAGAAGCAGCUGAUAUGGUUUUGGCGGAUGAUAAUUUCUCCACCAUUGUCAGUGCAGUGGAAGAAGGAAGAACAAUUUAUGCGAACAUGCAAGCCUUCAUUUGCUUCCUGAUCAGUUGCAAUAUUGGAGAGAUUUGUGCCAUCUUCUUUGCCACUCUUGCCGGAUUCCCUGAGCCAUUGACAGCAAUGCAUCUCCUGUGGGUCAACUUGGUUACAGAUGGUCCACCGGCGACAGCCUUGGGUUUCAAUCCACCAUCACCCGAUACGAUGGAUGCUCCACCUCGUCCAAGUGACGAACCGAUCAUGACAAAAUGGCUACUUACGCGGUACUUCAUUACAGGCCUGUAUGUAGGACUAGCUACUAUUGGAGUAUUUGUACAGCAUUAUGUUCACGAAGGAAUAUCCUUAUCGGAACUAUCGAACUGGUCUCAAUGUGGAACAGUCUGGUCACCAGCAAAUGGAGGAGCUGGAAUUUGCGGUGCACUAUUCAAGGAAUCUGGACGAAUGUAUCCACAAACUCUCGCGUUAACGACACUGGUUGUCAUGGAAAUGCUGAAAGCGCUGUCUGCAGUGUCCGUCGACAAUUCAUUACUCCAAGUGAGCCCGUUCGCGAAUAAGUGGCUUUUAGCUGGAGUGUCAGGACCUUUCUUGCUCCAUUUGGCUGUUUUAUACAGCUCCAAGCUGGGAGUUCCAGUCCUUGGCGAAGCCUUUGGAAUGGUUCCAUUGACGUCUUCCGACUGGCAAAAUGUACUUCUAUGGGCCGCUCCCAUUUUGCUUGUGGACGAAAUUCUAAAGGCAAUCGGAAGGAAUCUGAAGCAAAAGGACUUCAAGAAAAGCAUAUCGAACUAG